CGGUAACACAUUACCUCAAAUUAACAUACAUUUAAAAUGUUUUCUUCCGUUAUCAAAAUAUACAUUUAGAGUUGAUACUAAUUUCAUAUCUAUGGUAUCGGCAUGUUACCAUGAGAUGAAGUAACGGCAUUAUCUACAUGCGUGUUUCUCAUUGAGUGGCAAAUUUAAUUUUCAAUUUUGAAUUAUUACACUAGUUCAUAUUGAAUCAUAAGCUAAUUAAUAUUGAUAGGAUGAUAAUAAAGCACUUUUCUAAAUUUAAAUUAAUAUUUUAUUGAAAUACUUAUCAUUUUUUUUGAAAAUGUUGAUGCAUAUAUGUAUUACAUGAUCUCUUAUACAGAAAAAAUACCUGUAUUAAAAUGCUUUACAUAAUAAAAUAUUGUCCAUUAUUUAUUUAUCAUUUAAUGUUGAUUAAUUCUACUCAUAGUUUAAUAGAUCCAUUAACAGGAACUAUUGUAGUUGGAGCUUUUAUAGGAGGAUUAUAUUUAAAAAAAUUUAACUACACUACAUCAAUACAGAAUUUUAGAUUUUCAGAAAUUUUAUCGUUUUCUAGCUGUAGAGAAAGAAUUGACUUGAAUGGUUUAAAAAAUGACUUGGACAAACACUUUUUUGGUCAACAUAUUGCUUCAAAUAUUAUUUUAUCAGCACUUAAAGGUAACUCUCAGCGUAGUGAGAAGAAUAGAAAACCAUUAGUUAUGAGUUUUCAUGGCUGGACAGGAGUUGGAAAAAAUUUUGUUACACAUUUAAUUGCAAAUCAUAUUUUUACAACAGAGAAGUCUAAAAAAUUACAAUAUCAUAUAAUUAAUGGACGAUCAUCAUUUACAAAUUCAUUAAAAUAUGAAGAGUACCAGGAAACAUUAUUCAAUAAGGUAUAUUCUGACAUAAAAAUUUGUCCUACUAAUAUAUUUGUUUUUGAUGAAAUUACAAAAAUACCUCAUGGUAUAUUAGAUAUAUUAAUACCAAUCUUUGAAAAUAAUGUUUCAACGUUGGAUUCGAGGAAUUCAAUUUUUAUAUUUUUAACUAAUACAGGAGAAGACGUAAUAUUGGACCGAUAUUUGCAGCUUUGGAAAAAAGGGUACACUAGAGAACAAAUGAAUGUUGAACAUUUUGAUUCUGUAUUGCAAAUAUCAGUCUUUAAUGAACAAAGUGGUUUAAAAAAAAGUGAUAUCAUAGAUUCUCAUAUCAUUGACCAUUAUGUUCCAUUUUUACCUCUUGAGAAAUCACAUGUUAUUCAAUGUAUAGAAACAGAAUUAAGAAAUUUGAAUGUAACAUCUUCUGCAGAAAUAAUAGAGACAGUUAUGCAAAUUAUCACUUUUGGCCCAGAGCCAGAGAGAUUAUUUUCUCUUUCGGGCUGCAAAAGAAUUGGCCAAAAAGUUACCCAAGUUGUAAACCAAGAUUAAUACAAUUAUGAUGAACUCAAAAGUUCUUGCACAUAUACUUU